CUCACAACUGAGCACUUCCUCUCUUCUACUUCAUUGACAGAAGACUUGGUUCAUCAAUCCUUUAAUCAUGAAGUUCACUAUUGCCACGGCGCUCCUGCCUGUCCUCGCAGCUGCUGCCAACGUCGGAACCUUCACCUGCCGCACUGAGCUGGGUAGCAAGUCUAUCAAGAAUGUUCCGACCGACUUCGCAACCAAGACCAAGAGCAUCCGGCCUACCAUAACGACCACUGUCACUCCCGUCACCACUGAGUGGCUCCGUUACUGGUAUGUGAUCACGAAGAUCACGACAAGCACCCGCGUCGUCACGGACUCCACCGUGACCGACACUUUCAGCACCACCACCACACUUUACGAUGUUGCGACCAACACCAUCACCUCCACCUUGACCGCGACCGCAACGGACACCAGCACCACCUCAUCUACUUCAACGACGAUUGUGCCCACUGCUACUGGCUGGAAGCCCAUUGCCGAUACCGUCAACCGCAACAGCCUUUACAAGCGCGAAGAUGAGGCUGAGCGCGAGUUGGAGCAUCCUCAUGCCAUCCGUGCUGUUACGAGCAAGAAGGUCAAAGGUCUGGCCGCCGCCUCUUGGCCAUCCAAGGUCCACUGCACCCAAUAUGUGCCCAACAAGAACACCAAGACCGUCACCAAGACCAGGGCUCCUACGACCAUGUACAGCCCUUACUGGCAGAAGACCACCAAGACCAAGGUUCUUUCCUCGACUUCCACUGUCGUCCCCGAUGAUGUAUCCACCACCGAGACCUACUCGUCCACGUCGAGCGUAACCACCUUCGUCACUACGUUCACCACCGAGACCACCACCGUCAGCACGACGACCACCAGCAUCAUCCCCGGCCCCACUCUCUACGACGCGUGCACCAAGGGCAACAACAUCUUUGGCUCCAACUUCAACGCGGGCGGCGUCGGCUACUACAUCACCAACAUCGCCAACAACGGCCCCGGCGUCGCCUCCGACUUCAAGAUCGUCGCCGACGGCGCCAGCAGCGCCACCGAGUGCUGCUCCGCCUGCCACGCAUUCGCCGGCUGCGAGACGUGGAGCUUCCGCCCCACCAGCCGUAAUUGCUUCCUCCUCUACCACGAGGGCUCGACCUGCAGCUCGCAGACUCAGCACCCCAACUUCUUCUUCUCCAAGAAGGGCUCUGACACUGGUGCUGGCUACGUUGUUGGCAACGGUAACUGCGGUUUCACUUACAGCGCCAACAGCGAUAGCUCGGUGUGGCGUGUCGAUGGGUACUAGGUGGGACAGGGCUCUGCUCCAGGGAAAACGUGACGGUAGUAGUAUAGGAAGGAAGGCCUCGAGCGAUACAUACCCUUUCUCUUUUGUACAUAUUCAUGCAUACAGCUACCACUUAAUAUCAUAGUCUGGCGUCUUCCACACAUUUUUCGCUUCUC